GCCCCCUGCCCCCUGCUGCAGUGUGCUUGCUGAGCGAGGGGCACCCCGACAGGCUGACAGCAUCCUGGGGAGCAGCAGCCGGCGGGCGAGAUGGCUACGCACUGACUCUGUACCAUGGGGGCUUGGACACUGUGUCAGCUACAGCUUCCUUUGGGAGUGACAUCAACAACUACACCUUCACGGGCCUGGCUCCGGGAAGCAAGUAUGUGUUGGAAGUGAUGUCCAUAGCCGGGUCUUACCGGACGCCUGCAGGGAAUGUCAGCAACUGGACAUAUCCCCUUGCACCACAUAGUGUGUACAUGACGAACCAGGGCUAUACUAACCGGCUGAGCGUGUCCUGGAAAGCUGAGCCCAGAGGACAAGACGGUUACAGGCUCUUUCUGUACCAUGUGGGAUCAGGUAUUCUGGCAGGCAACGCAUCUGUUGGGAAAAGCACCAACAAAUUCACCUUCUCUGGCCUGGCUCCAGGGCACAAAUAUGUGCUGGAAGUCGUCUCCGUGGCAGGGCCCUACACAGCCUCAGCAGGGAACAUCAGUGACUGGACAACCCCCUCAGUUCCCAAAAACCUCUCUGCGGUGGUUGAAGGGAACAACACAAUGCUCGUCUCCUGGGACAGUGUCUCUGGACAGCAAGAUGACUGCCAGCUGCGGCUGCAGGAUCCCAGGAACAGCUCCCUGCCCCAGCAGCACACUGUCACCAAAGGUCAAGUGCAGCACACCUUCCAGGGGCUGAUCCCAGGGAGAAACUACUCCGUGUCCUUGAGCUGUGUGGCUGGGCCCUACUGGAGCAGCACCAAACCCUUGGCAGUGCCAAUAGAACCGAACCCAGUAGAGGAUGUGCAAUGCCUGCCGGAGUCCAGAAGCCUUUACUUGAAUUGGACCAGUUCUUCUGGAGAUGUGGAGGCAUACGAGGUGGUGACAGAGAGACUUUCUGAUGGACCUUCCACCUCCAAGGACUCUGUGAGUGUCCCUAGCAGUGAAGCCAGCCUGGAAGGACUGGAGCCAAACUCUUCAUACCAAAUCAUUGUGAGCACAGUGGGCAAGAACAGGAUGAGGAGCCAGGCUGUAACUCUUCUGUGUCACACAGCAGUGGAGGCCCUGCCUCCACCCCUGCGAGCAGACAUCUUCCAAGUGGAGGCCAGCUCCACAGUGGUCAUUUCAUCUGACCUCUUCAGCGAGGAGAACGGCCAGAUCGAGUACUACGGUGUCAUUGCUACCACUAAUGACUCAUUGCUGAGGCCCACCCAGGACAUCAUGUCCAGCACAUGGUACAACCACUAUUAUGGGACUGAGGACUCCUACUUGGCUGUCCUAAUCCCAAAUCCCUUCCAUCCGAGCCCCAGGAGCUCUCUGGAAACCUGGCCAGUGCCAGUGGGAACAGAGGAGUGUGGCCAGUCCAGGGCAACAUGCAACGGCAAGCUGAAAGCUGACAAACAGUACAGGUUCAGUAUCGCUGCCUUCACCAGGUAUGAUCCAGUAGCUCCUGCAGUGUCGUUCACCACAUUCUCAGCUGUUCAAGCAAGUGUAGAUGCAACUCCACUCCCCAUGCCAGUCAUAGCUGGAAUUGUCGUGGGAUUUCUCUUGACACUCACAGCUGUUUUUGCUUUGGUCUAUUGCAAACAACUCAGAACAAAGAGAACCAAGAAGAACAGCCUGCCCCAGGAAAUGGUGACUUACAGCUUGAGAAAUGUCCACCGGCCAAUCCCUGUCCAGAACUUCAAGCAGUACUAUGAGAUGAAGACAGCAAGCGGCAAUCAUGCUUUCUUCCAGGAAUUUGAGGAGCUGAAGGAAGUUGGAAAGGAGCAGCCAAAGGUGGAGGCUGAGCUAUCUACCAACAUCUCCAAGAACAGAUAUCCCCAUGUGCUGCCCUAUGACCACUCGCGAGUCAAGCUGAGCCAACUGGGGGAGGAUCCGCAUUCAGACUAUAUCAAUGCCAACUUCUUGCCUGGCUACACAUCACAGCAAGAGUUCAUUGCGAGCCAGGGCCCCCUGAAGAAAACAAUAGAGGACUUCUGGAGACUGGUAUGGGAGCAGAACGUCUGCAACAUCAUCAUGUUGACAGUGUGCAUGGAGAACGGGCGGGUCCUCUGUGAUCAUUACUGGCCGUCAGAAUCUGCCCCAGUAUCCUAUGGGCAGGUCCAAGUCCACCUGCUGAAGCAGAGCAGCUCAGAAGAGUGGACCAUACGCGAGUUCAAACUGUGGCACGAAGGCUUCCAGACAGAGCGGCAUGUGUCCCACCUGCACUACACAGCAUGGCCUGACCAUGGCAUCCCAGAGUCUACAACUUCUAUUAUGACCUUCAGGGACAUAGUCCGAGAACACAUUCAGAGCGCCAAGGAUGCCGGGCCGACCCUCGUGCACUGCAGUGCCGGAGUGGGCCGCAGUGGCACCUUCAUUGCUCUGGACCGUCUGCUACAGCAGAUGAAGCAGGAGAAGAUAGUGGACACAUUUGGGGUUGUCUACACCUUGCGGAUGAACCGUUACCAGAUGAUUCAAACCCUGUCCCAAUAUAUUUUCCUGCACAGCUGUAUCCUGGACAAGAUCUUGGAGGAGCCACUCCUGGGUCUAUCAGGAACAGAGACGUCCUGCCCUAUCCCACUCAAAAGCUUUGCACAGCACUGUGCCCAGAAAGCAUCCAAGUCCAACAUGGGCUUCCUGAAGGAAUAUGAGACCCUCCUAGAGGUAGUCAAGGAAGAAGCCAGCUCUGCAGCAUCAUCUUCAGGCAGCCAACAGGCACGGCCCUCGUCCAGCAUCCUCCCAUAUGAUCGCUCCAGAGUUAAGUUUUCCCUGCUGGAACAGGGCACUUUUUCAGGUCUCCUUCAUGUGUGGCAUGUCCCGGGUUGCAGUUCCAGCAGGGAUUAUUUGGCUAUCCAGGGGCCUGACAAGGUGACCAUGGAAGAGUUCUGGACCCUGAUGUGGGAACAGGAUGUCCACACAAUCCUAACACUUCUCCCGUGGCACGAAAAGGGGGAGGUCCCAUGUGAGGCAUGCUGGCCCCUGGAAGGAGACUCGCUCUGCACAAAGAUGCUGACGAUCCAGUGUGGUGCAGAGAAAUCUGUCUCAGGAUGGAGGUGUAUCCAGCUCAAAAUGAAACACGAGAAGAAAGCAAAGGAGAAGCAGGUGCAACGGUUCCUGUAUACACUCUGGAGCAGCAAGAAGCAGCCAGAUAUCCAGAGCCUGGUGGAGUUCCUCACUGCUGUCAGGCGGUGCAUACCGCAGCGGAGGAGAGCCAGUCCUCUGGUCCUGCACUGCAGGUAUGCGGGAGCAGAUUUCUAUCUCCAGGAGCGAGUGCCCACCAGGCUGUGCACCCUGCCAUGGCCCCCAGCAAACCAGCGCUCGGAGACUUCGAGGCUGUAG